UGAAAUCAACCGCACCAGAUCUACACUUUGAAAUGAGGCAACAUCCAACUGGAAACCCGCUCAAAGUAAGGAAGUGGGUGAAAAGACUCAGGGUCUCUUUUCUCUUCCCAGUCUUCUCUCAGCCACAUCUCUCUUAUCUGAUCUUGGUGAAGAAGCUUGCUUGGCUAGGAGAAAGGUCAGGGACGAGAAGAUAGUGACGAGAAAGUUCCAUGAAACUCUCAGAAGUCCCAGCCUGAACAUCAAACCUGAAUAACCAGGAGAGACGUAACUUCAGCAUACUUUCAGUGGUUUUCCUCCUGCCCACGCUGCAGGUUUUUCAGGUCCUUGCUGGAGUGUGCGCUCACAGGCAUAAAUAAACGUGCUAUCAGCAGCCUGCGUCAGCCAGCCCAGCUAUUUAAGCAGGCUGGCAUCAGCAAACACUGCUUCCAAACCCAGGGCUUGCCUUUGCCUCUUCCACCGCGCAGGGACCAUGUCGGCGGAGACCGCGACCGGCCCCACGGAGGACCAGGUAGAGAUCCUGGAGUACAACUUCAACAAGGUCGACAAGCACCCGGAUUCCACCACGCUGUGCCUCAUCGCGGCCGAGGCCGGCCUUUCCGAGGAGGAGACCCAGAAAUGGUUUAAGCAGCGCCUGGCAAAGUGGCGGCGCUCAGAAGGCCUGCCCUCAGAGUGCAGAUCCGUCACAGACUAAGGAGAUGGCAGGCACUGACAGCUUCACUCCAUGAAGACCAUCUGCUGUUUCUCUCCUCCGCUUAAUCAAGCUGUUGUGGUUUUUCAGCAUAGUGUUGUAUGUUCCAUUGCUAGCUGUCCUGCUAUUUAACACAGUGUUGUAUUUUUUUCUAAAUGUACAUAGUUAGAAAAGAAAAUAACAAUAGGAAGCUACGUGUAUCUUCUGUGUAAAGCAGUGGCUUCACUGGAAAAAUGGUAUGACAUGCAUUUCCCUUUGAGUCAUGAUGACAGAUGGUGUGAAAACCAUCUAAGUUUGCUUUUGACCAUCAUCUCCCAGUAACAAUUUGCUUUCAUAAUCCAUUUAGCAAUCCAGGCCUCUGUUGAAAAGAUAAUAUGAGGGAGAAGGGAACACAUUUCCUUCUGCACUUACUUCCCUAAGUCACUUUCCUUAUGUUUCAUCUAAUACAAUGAUGGUUGAGUUAAAAUACAGAAGGGGUGUUUGAGUAUUCAGAUUUCAUAAAACACUUCCUUGGAAUAUAGCUGCAUUAACUUGGAAAGAAGCCUGUUAGGCUAGAAGACAGAAACUCCAACUGGCAAAAAAGCAAGGAACUAAGAAAAAAACCCACCAGAGGUCUUGAAUUUACUGUAUUUAAAAGCAUUGGUUAAGUUUAUUUUGCUAAAUAAAGUGAACUGCAAUUUUGUCUCUAAAAUGAUAUUCUAAAUAAAAUCUUAACUUUUUGUUGAAGAUGCA